CGGAGGAGUCAGACCUCUUGUUCUUAGCGGAGGGAGUCUGCAACAGUCACUUCUUUCUGCUAGUCAACAGACUCUUGUUUGUUGUCCUUACAAGCUGUCAAUUCAUAUGACUCCAGUGCAACAGAAUUCGAUGGAUUAUAAUCAGUUCCUAUGAUUUCCAAGUUAACAUGGUAGAUGAUUUCCAAGUUAGAUAGAAAAGAGUGGUAAGGCCAACACAAAUCGCCAACCUGAAGAAUUAAACAUAUUGUGGUACUAUCAUGACUACGGCUGCAGUUAGUUUAUCAGACUCUCCACAUGGUAUGAUUACACAGCAGAUACAGAUGGUUUCACAACAUCGGUGUGUGUAACAACUUAAAUACUUAUUGUUAAGAAACACUUCUCUUUGUGCUAUUGUUUAGAGAAACCUAGGCUCUGUUCAGGUAAAUACUAUCCCUCCUCCAAAAACCUAAUGUUCCUUUGGUGUGGACCACCUCCAGGGCUUAGCCUGGACUCCAGGUGUUAGGUUUUUACAGCUAAGCUUAAUGUUUAUAAACAAGUGUCAUACUGAGUAUAACAACUUGGGAUGUUGGUUGAUACUUUGACAUAUAAGUACAAUCCUUUUUGCCAGUAUUCUUGUGUAGGUUGAUAGUCCAGUAUUUCUCCCUCUUUGGUACGUUACUCAUUGUAGAGGCAUGUUGAAGACAUCAUACCUCUCUGAUUACUUUAGCAAUGUAACUUUAGAACUAGCACUGCCACCUGUUGCUUCUGGAAAUAGGGGAUAAUGAACGGCACUCACGGAUGGUGCUCUACUGCAGUAUAGGAGUGCCCCUCCUAGCUCCAAGUACUUCUCUGUGCAAUGUAGUCCCAGAGUGCAGUACAGGAUCAGCCCACCCCCACUGGAGAGUGGGACCCUCCCCACCUCUCUCAAUGGUAAUACAAUGCUUCUAUUUACCAUGGACACUGCCAGCGAAGUGGGAAAUGAUAGCAAGCUAUCGGUCAUGUAUUAUGGAGAGAAGACGGAGGUGUUAGGGAAAGCUGUCGUUCACCUCACCGCUGUUGAGAUUUCUCUGGAUGUAGAUGCUGAUCGAGAUGGCCAGGUGGAGAGGAACAACCCCAACAAGGGAUCCUGGAUGUGGGGGCCUAAUGGCCAUGGUGCCAUCCUACUGGUCAACUGUGACUCAGAACACACCUAUGGGAAGAGGCGGGACAGUGAGCGUGCUGAGGUCAGCAGGGUCUCAGAUCUGAAAGACAUGUCCCCAAUGGUGCUGCGGACCAGUGGCCCUGCCAAGCUCCCAGAGGGCUACAAGCUGACCAUGCACAUCUCCCAGGGGGAUGCAGAGAGUGUCAGGGUCUUCAGAACCAGGUCCACAGCAGGCAUGCACCAAACACUGAAAAACCUGUUCUACAAGAGCUUUGUGAAGGACUACCCACUGGUGCUGGGCAGUGAGGAUUUGUCCAAGGAGGUCCCGUACCUCGGGGGAAACGCUGAGAUGAAUUUCUACGUUGAGGGCCUGAGAUUCCCUGACAAAGACUUUGAGGGCCUCAUCAGCAUCAGCCUCAGCCUGCUGGAGCCCAGCUCUCAGGGCUUCCCUGAGACGCCCAUCUUUACAGACAGGGUGGUGUUCCGUGUGGCUCCCUGGAUCAUGACACCCAACACACUCAACCCUCUGGAGGUCUUCGUCUGCAGCACAUCUGAUAACUACCAGUUCCUAAAGGGAAUGAGGAGGCUAGUGGAGAACAGUGGGUACAAGCUGAAGGUUUGUCAUGAGUACAUGAACAGAGGAGACCGCUGGAUGCAGGAUGAGAUAGAGUUUGGCUACAUUGACUCUCCUCACCAACGUUUCCCUGUUGUGCUGGACUCCCCCCGAGACGGAGAACUACAGGAUUUCCCUUAUGAUGUGCUACUGGGCCCAGACUUUGGCUAUGUGACGAGGACAGCAUAUGAUGAGGAAGUGAGCAGCCUGGACUCGUUUGGUAACCUGGAAGUUAGCCCUCCAGUUAUUGUAAAUGGAAAAAUCUACCCUCUGGGCAGGAUCAUAAUUGGAGUGGCUUUCCCCACGGCAACCAAGGGCCGCAACAUGACCAAAGUAGUGCAAGACUUCCUUUGGGCACAGAAAGUGCAGGAGCCCAUUGCACUGUUCUCUGAUUGGCUUCUGGUUGGGCAUGUGGAUGAAUUCAUGACUUUUGUCCCAGCUCCUGACAAAAAGGGAUUCCGGCUGCUGCUCGCCAGCCCCGACGCAGGCUACAAACUAUUCAGAGGCUUACAGAACGACGGGCAUGGACAAGCCAAAAUGUUUGACGGUCUUGGAGCAGAAGAAGAGAUUACGGUAGAUGAGAUUUUGAGUGAUGACAAACUUGGGGCAGAAAACAACUAUGUCCAGAGCUGUAUAGACUGGAACAGGGAUGUCCUUAAGAGGGAGCUGGGUUUAGACGACGAUGAUAUCAUUGAUCUGCCCAUCCUUUUCCAUGUGAUGGAGGAGAACAGGGCAGUGGCCUAUUACCCAGACAUGGUGAACAUGAUUGUGUUGGGGAAGAACCUGGGCAUCCCUAAACCGUUUGGGCCCAAGGUGGACGGCCGCUGUGCCCUGGAGGCAGAGAUGACCUCCCUCAUGGAGGGCCUGGGACUCCGCUGCACAUACAUUGAUGACUUUGCCUCCUACCACAAACUGCUGGGAGAGGUUCACUGUGGCUCUAACGUUCGCAGGGAACCCUUCUCCUUCAAGUGGUGGAACCUGGAGAUGUGAGGGAUUUGGGGCAAGGAAUGGUUGUAGUUAGAAAGAGGGAAUAAGGCUUGACGUACACAGCAGCAACAUUCGCCAGCAGCAGUCAUCUUCAAACAACAACAGUCCUUGUACUGUAUUACCCCUUUGUCUUUAUUAAACAUGUAUUUGCCUUUUUUUACAAAAGGGUGAAAAACUAUAUUUAUAAACAAGACUUUCGGACUUUAACAAGGGUUUAAGGAGAUUAUCAACGAGAACAGAAAUGCAAUCAUCUGAAUUAAGCACAUUGUAGGCUGAAUCUGUUGUUUGGAUUGUCUGCGUGCUCAAUCCAAGUGUUGUAUUUACAGGUACUAAAACCAGUACAGAUUAACAGGACCACAGAGAAAUGUGCACGUGUAAUUUGGAGCCUUGAAGACUUGUGAGAGUUUUAAUACAUUUUAAUACAUUUAUUUUAAGCUUUGAGAUGAAAAUAUAUUUUGAGUGCCUGGAAUGCACACUAUGACUCCAAAGGCUCUCUUAACCUGAUGUAACUUCCAAUCACAUUUCAAUUAAUAGUAUUUUGUUGAAUCAUAAUCUUUAGAAUGGUGUUUGAUAAUAAUACAUGAUUAAAUAAAUGUCAGACUAACUGUAUUUUGAUGUAGUGUUCCUUACUUACACAGAGAUCAUUCAGAUUCAACAAAGAUUUCAAAAUAAUUGUAAAAUAAGGUUUAUGCACAACUGACAAAGUGCAACUAAAUUCCAUAUUGGUUCUUGUUCAUUUAAUUGAAAUAAAAAGUAAUGGAAACUAUG